AUGAAGCAUGGUGGUUUUCCAGUGCAGGAACCCCCAGAGGCGACGUUCAAGACCCAUAUCUCAGGAAGUAAUCCUGUCCUUCCCACAGGAUACUCGGUUAUUCAGGCUUUCUACAUUCUCCGGGGUGGGCUCGCCGCGCAGAACAAGUUCUUCGAUCUUCGUGUCAAGGCCUACUCCCAGCGCUACCAUCUCAAAAUCUCCCCUCACUCUCUCAGUUCACCAUUCCUCAUUAGCUCUAACGACCCCAAUCUUUCCCCGAUGAAGCACGCGCUUCGCUUCUGGCUGACUGAUCCAUACAAAGGGACAACGGUAGAGUAUCUAACUCAUGCGGGAAUUGCUGUGGUCACUCAAACGAGGCCUCCACGCGAGGCGCCCGAGUCGGAGGACAGUACAAGCCCCCCAGCCGAUCCCCUUCGAACAGUCCCCCCCACAACUGCCCCUCGCGACACUCAAUAUUCUCCUACUCCUUCACAGGCUGUGUCGCAAAUUUCAAGUCUUCCUGACUCGGAGUUUGAGAUCAACUGUAGGUGUGGGAUGAGCGGUGAUGGAAACGCCCUCUACCGUGUGGAAGAUGGGGAAGCGAUCCAGUGUGACGAGUGCAAGAGCUGGUCGCAUAUCGCCUGUCAACGGAAUGGGCGAGCUGGAAACCUGCGAAAGAAGGACCCUUACCUAUGCGACUUCUGUGAUUUAACCCACUUACUUCCAGGUGGAGUGCAGGAAAUUCCGAAACGAAAAUCAGGACGCAAAAAAAUCACCCUAGAAGAUCGUUUAACAUCUGGAUGUGGUGCACUCGCACGUAACGGGGACUUCUGGUAUCCUGUUCGCCUCAUUCAGAAGGCGAAGUGGAAAGUGCGCUGGUGGCGCUCAUGUCUUUUCAUGGACGACAAGAUUCAGCCCGAUUCAACGACCUUGGUUGAACAAGGUGACAUUGUUGACGAAUUGUGGGAUGACCGAGCAGCACGACGACAAAUAAGGCUUGGGAGGUGGAAACAUGCUCACGAGAUCGAGACCUCGGAAGACAUUCUCGCGGAUCCGACGUCAAUACCAUUUUCAAACGAGGUGGAAUGUGCACUUCGACCUGCAGAAGGCGUCCUAAGGGAUCUUCUUCUCGAUCCUCAAGUGGUGGACAGCAACCAAGUUCCAGCCAAAAGACAGCUCGAGAUGGAGAAGAAGCCCCUUACAAGGACCAUUGUUCCGGAGGUCGGGAGUCUCUCGCUCCUUGACCGUGCCCAGGUCUCCAAUUGGUUUGAGAUCAAUAUAAGCAAGGACCCGAAUCUUCGACAGGAAUGGUUGGCCUACCUCCCAAUCGCACAUGCCCACACAGUCUUGAUCGCAUCUCGUCUCAGGGGAUACCAAGUCUUCCAGGAGCUGACAGAGGUUGCACUCAUUGACCGGGCUUGGGAGGUACAAAGAACAGGAACUCCCUCUGUGCUCAUUGAUGUUGACGUCGACAGGGAUUCCUUGGAGCGACUCGAAGAACAAAUGUUCGAGCGCUCUGAGCGUGCAGGAGUUGCGGGUCACUACCAAUGGGGGCUUGAUUCCGGAGAUCACCAAGGUGGCUGGGACCCGUACCAAGGGCUGCCGUAUCACUGGAACCGUGGAGAUAGAGAUGGGAGUGAGGACGAGAUGCAGCGCGGCCCCAACUUCAUAGAAGUGGAAAUGGUUAGCCCAGUGCCUCAGAAGAAGCCUCGUGUACGACCUCGUCCUAUUAAAGUGAAGUCGAAAAUGCAUACGAGCCGCUCAUGA